AUGACUAGAACCUUAAGCAUCGCCAUUAAAGAAAAUAUUUAUCAACACUUAAAACAAAAAAUUGGCUAUGGAAAAAUCAGUUCUUUUGUUAACCGAGCAGUAGAAAAAGAGUUAAAAGGACUAAUUAACGAGCAAAAAAGAGAAAAAGAACAAUUAAGAAAAAGGUCAAUUGCUGCUUAUCAACGACAAGCCAAAAAUAAAAAUCUCCAAAAGGAAUUAGCAAUCUUAGAAGAGGCAUCAGUAAAAGAUAUAGCAAAAAAGUUAAUCAAAGAUGAUCGUAAGCCUAUCCGACCAGUUCUAGUAAUUAUCUAUAUUGAAAACACUCAUGAAACAGGUUUAGAUUAUCCGAGUAAAAUUCAACUUAAUUAUCCUUUUACUGUUGAUAAAGAACGUUUUAAAAAGCAUUUAGGAGUUGCUGGCAAAGAAAUCAUGGAGCAAGCUAAAAUGGCUUGA